AGUUGAUAGAAGUGAAGGAACCCAGAUGGGCUAUCACAAGGACUUGCCACGAGGCUGAGCGGUAAAAACAAGUAGGGUAUAAUUGACUCGUCUAGAAGUGGUACUGGUAGCGUAACAAGGAAUUGACUCCUGGCACGAUCAUGGCUGAGGUGUGCAGCCGGUCACCUCUCGAGGUGUGCAAUGCCGUAUUGGAAUCACUACUCUAUCAGCAAGAUCUAGAAGGGGAUGUUGAGGAAGGAUUAGGAGGUGCUGCUCUAUCAGCAAGACCCUUGGAUUUUGAUGUGAGAGUAUUGGAGGACUAUGGUGUCUUCGAGUGGAAUCCAGAUCGGGUGCCAACCGAACAAGGCAACGUCGCACAAAGCAACGUUGCCACUGCAGAGGAAAUCCGAAACUGUGUCGCCUACGAGGUUUUGGCAGAUGUUGAAGAUAGACGAGACGAUACAAGGACUAGCCACGACAACGGGGCAGCAAUGGCUGAAGGAGAAACUGCAGAAACGUCUGGAAGAAAUACAGGUACUAGUUUACAACCAGAGUACGUGCGCGCCGUAGCGGACAUGCAGCGGGAAAUCGAGAACAGCUACGAGAACACGGGAUGGGGUCCAAGGUCUCGAGUAUUUUUCGAAAAGAAGCUGCCACCCGAUGUCCGACAAGGUGCUUUCACGUUUCUACAGUCGUGUCCACGAGUCGUUCCCCUCUUUGUGGCGGAGAAGCGUGGAUUGGAUUUGAGCAGUGUUGACUUCCUCUUGGGUGGAAGCUUUUUCCAGACCUGCGGAGAAGCAGACUGCUUCAUUUAAGGCUUCCACAAUACGCGCGUGCGCGCGUACGAAUGGCUCAUUGCAUUUCAAACGUCGAAAUUUCAUAGCGUAAUAUUAUAUAAGUAAUUAAGUGCGAAUGUAUAGCUUUACUGUGAAAGUCUAACGGAUGCCACCUUCGCCUCCUCUAGCAUCGUGUGGACGACAUGAAGAGGAGAACACCUGCUCUUCCAAGGGUACAAGCUACCUCGUGGAGAACUGCAAGGGAACGACCGUUAUAAACAAGCGGGAAGGAAACUUUUUCGAAAACCGGAUUUUUCCAACCUAUCAUUAAGACUUGAUGCCAAUACAACAUAGAUUUAUCUUUAUGUAUCACUACCACCUCCUCCCAUAGCAGGAACGUGUUUUUUCCCCUUUAUAUAAAUGCGAGGUUGUGCUGCAAAUCUUGAUUGGCUUCUUCCCUUCUUAUAGGGUCGAGGUUUAGGCCCAGCGACGCUCAAAGCACUAAAUAAAACAACCGGUUAGUUUUUGCCUCUAAAGCUAAACCUUAGGCUUAUCCCAUGAAACAACGUAUCACUACCACGAUUUAUGUAUUAUAGCUAGGUGGAUUUCAGUCAUCUUAUUCCACCACUUGUCGCCAACGUCGAUUCUUAAUUAUUGCCGCUGCAAUCAUUUAUCUGAUUGCCAUCCGAGAAUAGGGGAACUGCUAGUACUACCCAUAGUUGUCGUCCGUAACCAAUUAAGAUGUCGUCUGGUUCUGUCCAAGGACAAGAGGAAUAACAUCCUUGGCCCUUUUCUUUCAAGGGGAAUGCUUGGUUAUUUGGUAGAGAAGAUGGCGAUUGGGGAAGGUUAAUAUUGGCAUUUGGAAUUAUAUUGUUGUAGCAGGGCAUAAUUAACGUGCUGUCUUCCAUACCCCUUGACCGGGUAUAUGUGCAGAACUGUAGAGCUGAACGGUUUAGGAAUAAACGCCCAGCACUAUUCUGUCUGUAUUUUGGGGCUACUACUCCUACUACUCCUACUACUCCCACUACUCCCACUACUCCUGCUACUCCUACUACUACUAGCUGCUUCUAACACAGGCUCAAGCGAUGGGCGUGUGGUCACGCAAUGAGUGCCAAGCACGGGAAUAAAACCAUGGAACACUUAAGACUCCUGAAAAUAGGACCGUAUCGGGUGCUGAUGAGUGCUAGCGUCGAUGCGCUCUGCCCAACUACAAGUUCAAACUACAAGUUCAAACCUGAAGUAAGAGAUGUGAACGAGCCACAGAGUAGAGGAAAGGAAACAGUGAAACGGGAGAGUGGCAACCAGGGUAGAGAACAACGUCCCGCCGAUGAAGUGUCUACUAGUUGUACAACAGCAACGUCUUAUAUAAUUAUUACUUUACCCUGA